AUGGGGAUUCCAGGGAAGCUCGAUUUCCCAAUGAGAAUCCUCUCUUGGAAUGUUAGGGGUUUAGGCCCAAAGCAAAAAAGGUGCCUAAUAAAAGACUCAAUUAGUAGGAGAGACCCAGAUGUUCUGUGUCUUCGGGAAAUAAAAAUUCCACUAUUCAAGGACUCCCUCCUAACCUCUCUAUGGAAAGCUAAGGACAUCAACUGGGCUACGCUCAAUGCUUUGGGUACUUCUGGUGGUAUCGUAGUGGUAUGGAAAUCGUCUAAGUGGGACUUGGUAUCCUCGGCGAUUGGUUCCUUCUCAGUCUCUGUCAUCCUUCAAGAUAAGUCCUCUACUUUUUCUUAUCUUAUCUCUGUGGUGUAUGGCCCGAAUGACGACCAUAUUAGAGUAGAUUUCUGGGAAGAAUUGUCUAACAUCAAGCAGUCCUUUUCAGGCCCUUAUUGCUUUGUUGGUGAUUUUAAUGUUAUCAGGUUUGUGGAGGAGCACUCUCGUAUAAGAAGAGUCUCCCCGGCGAUGGAGCGCUUCUCCGACUGGAUUCAAGCCCUCAAAUUGGUCGAUCUUCCGUUGUCUGGAGCCAGAUUCACUUGGACUAAUGGUCGUUGUAACCCUCUUCAGUCCAGGCUGGAUAGAUUUCUUAUGUCAGCUGAUUGGUUGGAGUUGUUCCCUCUGGCUUCCCAAUUAGCUCUUCCCAGAACAACGUCAGAUCAUUGCCCGAUCCUGCUUACUCUGGACGAUUCUGACGGUUUCGCAGGUCACAAGCUCCUGUGCAAGCUCAGACUCCUAAGGGAGAAGCUGAAGAACUGGAAAACAUGCGAACUGGGCAAGAGGGAAGCAGAAAUGAAUGAUCUCCUUGAUCAACUUCAUCGCAUUGAUCUGGAAGUAAAAGUUACCCCGAUGUCUUUGGACACACUAGGUGUCCAGAUUGAGGACAGAAAGGAGAUUGCCAAGCUAGCCAUUAACCACUUCAGAUCCCUCCUAUGUUUUGAGGGAUGGAUCAGGCCGAGGUUAGAUUUCGUCCAGUUUAAGUCUCUCAAUGAAGCGGAAGUUAACAUCCUGGAAGCUCCCUUCUCUGAGGAAGAGGUCAAAGCUGUUGUUGACUCGCUAGGCAGAGGUAAAUCCCCGAGCCCCGAUGGUUUUCCCAUGGCAUUUUUCCAAACCUUCUGGGAAGCUAUCCAGCCUAACAUGAUGGAAUUCAUGGCAGAAUUUCAUGCCAGAGGUAGACUUUCGAAAGGGUUAAGAGCCUUGUUCAUCGACUAA